AUGCCCUCAACUUCCGCGAAAUCAUUCAUCACUCCUUACCCAAAAAAGCCUAUUAGGUACAAUCCUCGCACCGGCAAGACACGCUUCCAAAUGGCAGAACCACCAAAUGUGGAAACGGAAACCCUCCGGCAGACAUGCCUGUACUUUGUCAUCAUCCGCCUGCCGGAAGAAGCUUUGCAGUCCUAUCGCAUCGACCGCCAGGUUAUGACUCUGAUAGACGACAUCAUUCACGCGCGUCUUCGGCGGGCGUUCGCGUGCUUCAUGUGGCAGAGCGCUGCGCGAUGGUGCACCCUGUCAUGA